AUGUCCGAGUUUACCGAAAAGAACAGACAGGUCUGGGACAACAUGUCCAAAACAUACAAAACCCGGUUCGAAAAGGGCACAAAGUUGCUAUACCGCUUGGCUCAGGAAAAGCGCCUUUGGGGUAGUAACGUUUGGGCUGACACCGAAGCCGGGCAAGGCAAGGAGAUCAAGGUGUUGGAAUAUGCAUGUGGCCCUGGCGUUGUAUCUACGGCAUUGGCGCCAUUUGCCACCAAAAUCGUUGGCAUAGACGUCGCGGACGGCAUGGUCGACGAGUACAACGCUAGCGCUCGUGAGGCCGGUUUUGAGGACAAAAUGAUUGGCCGUAAGGGUGACCUUCUGGCCGAACCCAUGCCAGAGGAGCUCUCAGGGCCAGAGUAUUCCGAUUUCGAUGUCGCGUUCGUCAGCAUGGCCCUUCACCAUUUCGAAAAGCCGGAUCUGGCCAUGAAGCGUCUCGGAGAACGACUGAAGAAGGGUGGUGUGUGUCUAAUAAUCGACGUACUUCCACAUGGCAAGCACGACCAUAAUGCCCAUGAAAUGCACAACCCCGACCAUGAAACCACGCACACAAUCAAGACUCAUGGCUUUACCUUGGAGGAUAUGCGCAAGCUGUAUGAAACUGCAGGGCUUGGAAUGGGGUUCGACUAUCAAGUCAUUGAAGAACCGCUGGUUAUUGAAAGAGACGGAAAGACAUUCUCCAAGACUAUCUUCAUUGCCCGGGGCCAGCGCCAGUAA